GUAAACAGAUUAAGAUAUACUUUGAAGGUAACGUCUGGAAGACUCAAUGAAUUAGAAGGAAAUAAGGGAGGAGGGAAUCAGGUGAUUUUCAGGUUUUUGGAUUGAGCAAUUUAGUGGAUAGUAAUACCAUUUACUGAGCUAAAGAAGACUAGAGAACAGAUUUUGGGGGGAUAAGAUGUGUAAUAGAGAAUUCCAUUUUAGACAGACUAACUUGGUCUGCUAUAUCCAAGUGGAAAUAUUUGAUUAGCUGUUGUAUGUAAAAACUUGGAGCUCAAAGGAGAGAUUUGUAUUGGUCAUAUACAUUUUGGAGUCAUCAACAUAUGGAUGAUAUUUAAAACCAAGGGAAAUGAUAAAGUCAUUGAGAGAUUGUCUGGUUUGAUGGUUAUCAUCAUCAUGGGGCCUGUGACAACCAUGCUUUUUGGAUUUAAAGCAUUAGAUUUUAGUAAUCAGUUAAUUGAACUGUCCUUACAGACAUGCAAAUGGUCAUGUGUUUGUCAUUCUGUGUUGCCCUGAGAUGCCCCAUCCCGUGAUGUUGAGAGUGAAACAAGAUCUUGUGUCCACAGGUGCUCCCUGGAUCAGGCCCGUAAGCUUGCUGGUUUCUAUUUUCAGUGAGCUGAGGGCCAUGUCCGAUUUCUGCCACCUACCGGUCAGACCAUGAAGCUGAAGGAAAUUGAGAGACCAGCUGUCCAAGCGUGGAGCCCAGCCAGCCAGUACCCUGUGUAUCUGGCCACAGGAACAUCUGCCCAGCAGCUAGAUGCCUCCUUUAGCACAAAUGGCACAUUGGAAAUCUUUGAGGUUGAUUUCAGGGACCUUUCUCUGGACUUGAAACGCAAGGGAGUCCUUUCUGCCUCAAGCAGGUUUCACAAGCUGAUCUGGGGGAGCUUUGGCAAUGGGAACCUGGACGGCGCCGGGGUUAUUGCAGGCGGCGGGGACAACGGUAUGCUUACACUAUACAGUGUGACCCACAUCCUGUCUCCAGGAAAGGAGCCUGUGAUUGCCCAGAGACAGAAGCACACGGGGGCUGUCAGAGCCCUUGACUUUAACCCUUUCCAGGGCAACCUGCUGGCCUCAGGGGCGAGUGACUCUGAAAUCUUCAUUUGGGAUUUGAAUAACCUGAGUGUGCCAAUGACCCCAGGAUCCAAGUCACAGUAUCGUGAGCAGCCCCCGGAAGACAUCAAGGCACUUUCUUGGAACCGGCAAGUUCAACACAUUUUGUCUUCUGCUCACCCCAGCGGCAAGGCAGUUGUAUGGGAUCUCAGGAAGAAUGAACCUAUCAUCAAAGUCAGUGAUCACAGCAGCAGGAUGCACUGCUCAGGCCUGGCCUGGCACCCAGACAUAGCCACUCAGUUGGUGCUAUGCUCAGAAGAUGAUCAUCUCCCAGUGAUUCAGCUGUGGGACUUGCGCUUCGCCUCCUCACCCCUGAAGGUGCUGGAGAGCCAUAGCAGGGGCAUCUUGUCAGUGUCAUGGAGCCAGGCUGAUGCUGAGCUGCUGCUCAGUAGUGCCAAGGACAACCAGGUCUUGUGCUGGAACCUCGUGAGCAGCGAGGUGGCAUAUAAGCUACCCACACAGAGCAGCUGGUGCUUUGAUGUGCAGUGGUGCCCUCGGAACCCUCCAGUAUUCUCUGUUGCCUCCUUUGACGGCUGGAUCAGUUUGUACUCUGUGAUGGGUAGGAGCUGGGACGUCCAGCAGAUGAGACAGAUUGACAAGAUCUCUUCCUCCUUCAGCAGAGGCCAGCCUCUCCCACCAUUGCAGAUGCCAGAGCAGGUGACCCAAGCAUCAUUGAUACCUCCUCUGAAAAAAACCCCCAAAUGGAUGAGAAGGCCAGCAGGUGUUUCAUUUGCUUUUGGGGGGAAGCUGGUUACUUUUGGCCUUCCCAGCACUCCUGCCCACCAGGUGCCACAGCCUUGCCUUCGCCUAGUCUUCAUCAGUCAAGUCACCACAGAAUCCGAAUUCCUGAUGCGGUCAGCUGAGCUGCAGGAGGCCCUGAGAUCAGGAAAUCUCCUCAAUUAUUGUCAGAACAAGAUCCAGCGAGCGUCAGUGCAAAGCGAAAAGAUGCUCUGGCAGUUCCUGAAGGUGACCUUGGAGCAAGACUCUAGAAUGCAAUUUCUAAAGCUAUUAGGAUACAGUAAAGAUGAGCUUCAGAAGAAGGUGGCCUUGUGGUUGAAGAGAGACUCAGGGCUGGGUAAGAGCCCUCAGCCCACGGGAGAUAACCUCAGCAGUACCAGACAACAGGCCUUCGGCAGCCAGGCCUCCAAACACACCACAGAAGUCUCUGCCUCCUCAGCUUUCUUUGAUGAGCUCGUCCCUCAGAACAUGACUCCAUGGGAGAUCCCCAUCACAGAAGACACAGAUGGACUCCUGAGCCAGGCUCUCCUGCUCGGUGAACUGGGCCCUGCCGUGGAGCUGUGUCUGAAAGAAGAGCGUUUUGCUGAUGCCAUUAUCCUGGCCCAGGCUGGGGGCGCAGAUCUGCUGAAGCAAACACAGGAACGCUACUUGGCCAAGAAGAAAACCAGAAUCUCCUCGCUGCUAGCCUGUGUUGUGCGGAAGAAUUGGAAGGAUAUGGUGUGCUCCUGUAGCCUGCAGAACUGGAGAGAGGCACUGGCUUUGCUGCUGACAUACUCAGGGCCAGAGACAUUCCCUGAGCUCUGUGACAUCUUGGGUACUCGAAUGGAGCAGGAGGGCGACAGGGCACUCACCUCCGAAGCCAGACUCUGUUAUGUGUGCUCAGGGAGUGUGGAGAGGCUGGUGGAGUGCUGGGCAAAAUGCCACCAGGCUUCAUCCCCCAUGGCUCUACAGGACCUGAUGGAGAAGGUAAUGGUUCUGAACAGGAGCUUGGAACGACUGCGGGGUCCUGAUGGGAUGAGCCCAGGCCCUGCCACAACCUACAGGGUCACUCAGUAUGCCAACCUCCUGGCAGCCCAGGGCAACCUGUCCACUGCCAUGAGCUACCUACCCAAUGACUGUGCUCAGCCAUCAAUUCAGCAGCUGAGAGAUCGGCUUUUUCAUGCCCAGGGUGCUGAUGUCUUGGGCCAGCAGUCUCCUCCUUUCCCCUUUCCUCGAGUCAUUGUGGGAGCUACUCCCCACUCUAAAGAAACGUUAUCUUGCAAAUUGGGAUUCCAGUCUUCUCACCAGAUUCCCACUCCAUCUACAAGGCCAAGGAUUUUCACACCCCAGUCAUCACUAGUGAUGCCCUUGGCACCUUCCCAUUCUGGCCCUUAUCAAGGCUCCAGAAUGCAGAAUAUAAGAGACUACAGGGUACCUGAGCCCCAGGUUGCCCAGCCUUUGCCCCUGGGCCCUGGGGUAAUGCCUGCUUUAUCUCAGCCACAGCUGCUAAGAGGGCAAAGGACGCAAGUUCCUAACCUCAUGGGAUUCCCUGGAACAUGGCCUCUUCCUGGUCCCCCUGCACCCAUGGCACCCUCAGGCAUCAUGCAGCCUGAUUCUGCCCCCCUGCCUGAGACCGCUCGACUGCUUCCUUUCCUUCCAAUGAGACCACCAGUUCUCAGCCCUGUGAGCUCCCAGCCCCCAGGCCCUCCUGUCAGCUUUCCUGCAGCACACCCUCCAGGAGGACCAGGCGCUCCAUGCCCUAGCACCAUUCAAGCCACUGGCAUCUUGACUCCUCACCCAGGACCUCAAGAUUCCUUAAAAAAUGCUCCAGCUCCCAGGGCAAACCUCCAGAGGAGACAGUUGCCAGAGACAUUUGUAUCCACAGCACCAAUUACUGCUCCAGUAAUGAGCCUCGCCUCUGAGCCACGAGGGGUCCUUUCCUCACAGCCCCCUGUCCCUGGUGCGGGUCAUGCUCCCCCUGGAGCACCAGGAGAACUCGGCCUGCAGCAACGGCCACCAGAGAAGGCCUACAGGAAGGAGCUGCCCCCAGAGCAUCAGUCCUUGAAAAGCAGCUUUGAGGCACUUCUACAACGUUGCUCCCAGUCUGCCACUGACUUAAAGACAAAACGGAAGCUGGAUGAGGCAGCCCAACGCCUCGAAUGUCUGUAUGAGAAGCUCUGUGAGGGGACACUCUCGCCUCAAGUCCUGGCUGGGCUCCACGAGGUUGCCCGAUGUGUGGACACAGGAAGCUUUGAGCAGGGCCUUGCAGUGCAUGCCCAAGUGGUGGGCUGCAGCCGCUUCAGCGAGGUCUCCAGCUUCAUGCCCACCCUGAAGGCUGUCCUCACCAUUGCUCAUAAGCUGCACGUCUAAGCCAGGCAGCCUCUCUUACCAGGAGGCCACUGCUGCUGUUACUUAACUGUUCUCCCUGCGGAAAAGGGAAUUUCAGAAUAGAUUCUGUUUGUAUUUCCCAGCCCUCAUUCUUGUUGCCGGGUAUAUGAUGCUGUAGGCUUGGCUCCAAACUGGCAGAGUGCCUGCUUUCUUUCCUGUGGCCUGGCCCUCGAUCUGUCCAAGGCUUGCUCAGCCCCUGAGGCAGAGCAUAGGGCCAAUUCUGUACUUCCCCUAAUACUCUUCCCUGAGGCAGGACGUGGGGCAGGGUAUCUUCUCCCCAGGGAUGUUCUGUUUAAGUGGCUUCUAAGAGGAUGAGCAGGAUCCAAGUCUACCUCUGCUGUACCCAUCUUUUGGGUCUUUUGUUUUUCUCCUUCUGUGGGUUAUGAGCCUAAUCUUACCUUCUCCUGGCCUCUGACUUCAUAUUCCCAGGUCCGUAUUUCUCUGAGCCCCAGUGGCUGGAGUAGAGUUGACUGUUCAUCCUCUGAACAAGUCAUAGACAUGAGGGAUGGGCACUGAGCAGAACCAAGGGAAGGAAUGUUGGCCCUUUUCUAAAGGAAUAUCUCAUCUGCCAGCAUUAUUCGGGGUGGGUCAGGUUAGGUGGAAGGGGUGCACUGCCUUUUGCUGGGAGCUAUCUUGGCCUUGAGAUAGAAGCAGAGGGACCACCGCCUAUGGGAAACCGCCCCUCACUUGACCUGUCUGAGCCCUGGUCCAAGGAGGGCUAGACCAUUCAUUCUGUAUGAGCCCAGCUCUGGAAUAGGAGCCCUAUUAACAAAAGCCUCUCUUUUUAGCACUGCUCCUCGAGGGUGGGAGGCCCUCUCUCCCUCACCCUCCACAUGUCUCAGGGCUGCCUUCUCUGGCUGCACGUCCAUGGUUGGAUGCUGCAUUUGAACUACUGAUGUACUUAAGGUGCAAUAAAGCUGCUUUGAUUUGGUUUCCUCA